AUGGCAGCUAUUAGGGAAAUAGGAACAGAAGAUCUUACUAAUAUAGAUCUGGAUGAUUCCGAUUUUGAAUAGUUUUUGAUUAACAUAAAUUAAAGUGAUAUAGAUGUUUCUUAGAAACUGUCUAAAGAAACUGUUAAUGAUAAUUUGUAAUAAAUUUUCAUUUAUAGCUGUGAGUAGUUUUUAAGCAAUUACAAGCCUCUAUAUGACACAAUAUAGCAAAUAAGCGAUUAUUCUGCAGAAUUAAAUCACAGUCUCAAUAAAAUUGAUGAUUUAAGCUCUGUCCUUAAAUAUUAAAAUAGAUCUCAUCUCUUUAAAAUUGAAAAACUUUAAUUGAGAGAAGAUGAACUUUAAGAAAAGAAAAAAAUUUUAGAUAAAUUAUUUGACGAUUCUCACAUAGACAGCGAUUUAAUUAGGCAUUUACUACAUAGUGAAGUUAUUGAUGAGAAGUUUUUUAAGGCUUUCCAAUCAAUAGAAGCUCUUAAAUAGCUGUAUGAUGAACUUGGCAAAGUUGAUUCGCCUGAAUAAGGAUUAAGGAAUAGUUUAAUGAAGAAUUUUAAUGAAAUUAGAAGUGUUGGUUUGAGUAGAAUGAUCAAAGCAUUGCAUACAAGCAUAUAAAAAUCAUAGCCAUAAUCUUUGAAGCUAUUUAGAUAAUCUUUAGAAGAAAAUGAAGAGGGAUAUUUGAAAUUUUUAGAAGUGCUUUAUAAACACAGAAAAUAAAUAAUUAAAGAGAAGCUAACACCUUUAAAAAAUAAAAUCAAUUAUUCAAUGACAACAAAGAUGAACAUAUUUUUGAAUGAGUUAUUUUUAUCAUUUUUUGAAAUUAUUAGGAAUGAAAAGGCCUUUAUGAGAGAUGUAUUUGAUGAAAACUAAGCUAUUAUGAAAGCCUUGGAUGUAGCUGAUGAGCUUUUUGUUGAGAUACUUUUAAGAGUAGAAAGAUCAUUAAUUGUUGAAAAAGAUUUUUAUGAAAUGUUUAAAAUUAGAGAAUGCUUGGAAAGAAAUAAAAUUAAUUUUAUGAAUAGCAUGAAUAUUACUGAGGAAGACUUGAAAGAUAGUGAAUUAAUUUAGUAAGAAUUAAGAGAAAGAACCACAUCUUUGGGUUAAGUACCUUAACUUUAGUAGUAAUCAUCAUCUUCUAAUAGUAACUAAAACUCUUAGCAAAAAAUAUCUGAUGAAAAGAUAAGUUUUUCUAAUGAUAGGAAAAUGCUAAGUAUUUUACUUGUCUAAAAAUUAAUAAACCAAACUAAUUCGCUCAUUAGGCACAACUUGAGCAACGAAGCUGAUAUUCUAUUAAAUACUAAAUUUGAUAUCCAAAGAAUUGCAGCUUAUUAAUGUAUUGUUGAUCUUGUCGAAAAGGUUAAUAAUGUCUUUAAAAUCAUUUUCUAAGAACCAUAAAGAUAUCAAGAUUUAUCAAUUUUGUAGUUUUUACAUCCAUUAGAAAAUUUAAUUGAAUAAAAAGUGAGCAAAAAAUCAAUUCCUACUUGUAUUUUUAGUGCUAACGUUUAUAUGUAUUUAGUUUAAGAACUUAAUUAAUAUGCAGCUAAUUCAAGAGAGCUAGAAGUAAGACUAAACGAGUAUGAAACUCAAGUAGACGACUAUCUUACAUUCAUAAGUUUGUGCAACUUGCAUGAGCUUCUCAAGCUAGGAAAAAUUGAAAAUUUCGAAAACAAUGUUUAAGAAAGAGUUAACAAGAAAGACCAAGAAGAAAGUUUCAAAUUACUUAUUGUGAAUGCAAAACGUGCUUUUGUAUUCUUACUAAAUCUACAAACACCUGUUUCUAAGAAAAUCUUAUUUAGAGAUCGUUAUCUGAUUUAAGAUGAGCAACAAAGAUAUAAAUUAAAAUAAAAAAUAUUAGAAGAGCUAUUAAAAAGAUAUGCUGUUUUUUAUAAUGAAUUAAAUGAAUAUACAAAGAAAAUUUUUAAUGGAAAUGAGCUUUCUGAUAUCCCUUAAAACGCUAAAUAAUUAGCAGAUAAAUUCAAUUUAGAUAUUAAUGAUUAUAUAGAUUUGUCUAGUACAAACGCUGAAUAAGCAAUUAUUUACACUCCAGAAUAAAUCAAAUAAAAAUUAAACUAAGAAGAAGAGUGA